AUGGAGCUCUCUCAUUUAUCACGCUUCAUGAGAAUCUCUCGCCGCCUCUAUUCAGUAGCUCCAUCACCUACAGCAAAAUUAAACCUGCCGAUAGACUACAAGUCGACUCCACUGCUACAUCACACUCCCUCGUCCAUAUCCACUGUUCCAUAUUUCCCAGCUGCAACAACUAGCAAACGCUUGAAUUUCUUCCAAGCCAUCAACUCUGCUCUCCGAACAGCUUUAUCCACCUCAGAUAAAGUCAUACUAUUUGGAGAGGAUGUUGCGUUUGGCGGUGUCUUCCGGUGCUCGAUGGACCUCCAAACUGAAUUUGGCUCCGACAGAGUCUUUAAUACGCCGCUAACAGAACAAGGUAUUGUGGGUUUUGCAAUUGGUGCCGCUGCUGAGGGAAUGAAGCCUGUGGCGGAGAUCCAAUUCUCUGAUUAUGUCUUCCCCGCAUUUGACCAGAUCGUCAACGAAGCUGCCAAAUUUAGAUAUCGAGAAGGUGGGACUGGCAUUAAUGUCGGUGGUCUAGUUAUUCGAAUGCCCUGCGGUGCGGUGGGACACGGUGCGCUGUAUCACUCACAAUCGCCAGAAUCUCUUUUUUCCCAUGUCCCUGGUGUGCGUGUCGUUAUGCCCCGAUCCCCUUCACAAGCCAAGGGACUCCUCCUAUCCUCAAUAUUCAAUCACAACGACCCUGUCAUAUUUAUGGAGCCGAAGAUCCUCUACCGCGCCGCAGUAGAGCAUGUCCCGACUGAAUACUACACUAUUCCACUGAGCAAAGCGGAGGUGAUCAAGUCAGGGAGAGAUCUGACAGUGAUCUCAUACGGCCAACCAUUAUAUCUCUGUUCAGCUGCGAUUGCAGCUAUCGAGAAAAAGAUGGAGGGUGUGAAUGUGGAGCUUAUAGAUCUUCGUACAAUCUAUCCAUGGGAUCGCCAGACUGUCUUGGACAGUGUCCAAAAGACAGGACGGGCCAUAGUGGUACAUGAAAGCAUGAUCAACUAUGGUGUUGGGGCCGAGGUAGCGGCGACGAUACAAGAAGGGGCAUUUCUUCGUUUAGAAGCUCCGGUCAAGCGAGUUGCUGGCUGGAGCACCCAUACUGGGUUGAGCUACGAGUCAUUUAUUCUGCCCGAUGUUGCAAGAAUUUAUGAUGCCAUCAAACAAACUCUUGAAUACUAA